AUGGCAGUGGAUAACAAGAACAUUAAUCAAAAUGAAGAGUUGUUGGCAGCCUUCACUUUGCAAGCUUUUAUCGAACUUCCUCCCUCUUCCUUGGCUGAAUCUCACAAAUUUGCACAAGUUCUUGGUGCAGAUAAUGUGGAGCAAAUAACGAAAAGUUACAGUGAUGCUGACAUGGUCAAACAUUUGCUAGCUGAGAGAGAUCGGGACCUGGAACUGGCAGCUCGAAUUGGACAAGCCCUUCUUAAGCGAAACCAUCUUCUGACAGAACAGAAUGAAGCACUAGAAGAGCAGCUAGGACAAACUCUAGACCAAGUUAACCAGCUGCAGCAUGAACUGUCCAAAAAGGAUGACCUGCUUCGUGUUGUUUCAAUUGCUUCUGAGGAGAGUGAAACAGAUUCCAGCUGUUCCACACCACUUCGUUCCAACGAGUCUUUCAAUGUGUCACACAGUCUCUUGCAGCUGGAUAUCCUGCAGGAUAAACUCAGGGAAUUGGAAGAGGAGAACCUUGCUCUCCGAUCAAAGGCUUGCCAUCUGAAGACAGAAACCAUUACAUAUGAAGAAAAGGAGCAGCAACUGGUUAAUGACUGUGUUAAAGAGCUGCGGCAAUCGAAUGCUCAAAUUUCCAGAAUAACAGAGGAGCUGUCAGAAAAGAGCGAGGAGGUGCUUCGCUACCAGGAAGAGAUCUCAUCCCUCUUGUCUCAGAUUGUUGAUCUCCAACAUAAACUCAAAGAGCAUGUGAUUGAAAAAGAGGAGCUGAAGCUUCACCUGCAAGCUUCCAAAGAUGCUCAAAGGCAACUGACAGCAGAGCUACAUGAGCUGCAGGAUCGGAACAUGGAGUGUCUGGGGAUGCUGCAGGAAUCGCAGGAAGAAGUGAAGAUGCUGCGCAGCAGAGCCAGCUCUGCUGCUGUUCUCUGCCGUCCCCAGGAUUCCCUUGCAGCAGAAAUUGAAGGAACAAUGCGGAAGGAGUUGUGUCAGGGUGAACAACCUGCUCCCUCUAAGCAAAAGGUUCAACAGAAACGAGUAUUUGACACCGUCAGGGUUGCUAACAUCACCCGUGGUCGGUCGUCCUCUUUUCCUGCCCCGCUGCCGAUCCCCGGCUCCAAUCGGACCAGCGUGGUCAUGACAGCCAAGCCCUUUCAGUCCGGGCUGCAGCAGCCCGGGCGCCGCGGGCAGGCGACGCAGAGCAGUGGCUCCGAGAAGAGUCCGAGGGACACGGAAAAGCCAGGUCAGCCCGGAGACCCUGGAGACAGUGACCUGGCCACGGCGCUGCACAGGCUGACCCUCCGUCGGCAGAACUACCUGAGCGAGAAGCAGUUCCUCGAGGAGGAGUGGGAGCGCAGGAUGCGCUUGCUGGCUGAGCAGAAGGAGGAGGCCAGUGGCUGCAGCACCCCCUCAGAAAGCUCCUCUUCCCUGGGCACCAGCUCCGAAUUCACAGAUCUUUCUGCCAGCUCUGGUAACUUCCGUGUCCUCCUACCAGAAAAAUUACAAAUUGUCAAGCCCAUUGAAGGAUCUCAGACCCUUUUUCACUGGCAGCAGCUUGCUCGACCAAAUCUAGGCACCAUUCUCGACCCAAGACCAGGAGUUGUUACAAAAGGUUUCACCCCUCUGCCUGAUGAUGCUGUGUACCACAUCUCUGACUUGGAGGAGGAUGAUGAGGAAGAGGGGGAAGGAGGUAUAACAUUUCAAGUGCAGCCUUCCUUCCUGGAGAAAAGGAAACAUGCAGCGAAAAAGCCAGUGGCAGGGAUUUUCCUGCCACCUAUUACUUCAGCAACUGUACCACUCACUGCCUCAAAUCCAGGGAAAUGUCUGUCUUCCACAAACUCCACGUUUACCUUCACUACCUGUAGGAUCCUUCACCCAUCUGAUGUCACCCAGGUGACUCCCAGCUCCAUGUGUGCUCCCUUCUCCCUCGGGAGCAGCGCGGCGGGGAGCUCCCCGGCCAUGUCCUACCGGCUCAGUGUGGGGGAGGUCCUCACCAACAGAGGAGACUCAACCACCACCUUGAGCAGCACCCGCAGCCUGGCCAGGCUUCUGCAGGAACGAGGCAUCUCGGCCAAGGUUUAUGAUAGCCCCAUCUUAGAAAAACUGCCUCUGCUGCAGCCCUCUCAGACUGUCCCCAUUCCUUCUACCCCACCAAACUCUCCCUCACGUUCGCCUUGUCCUUCCCCUCCACCGUUCGAGCCUCGAGCACAUCUCUCAGAAAACUUCCUGGCCUCACGGCCCGUGGAGACUUUCCUGCAAGAAAUGUAUGGCCUGAAGCCCUCUCGCAACGCUGCGGACGUGGGCCAGCUGAAGAUGAACCUGGUGGACAGGCUGAAGAGGCUGGGAAUUGCCCGGGUGGUCAAGCCCCCUGAGGCCCAGGACCAAAGGAAAAACCAAGGGAUGGAGGUUGGCCUGCAGAGACAGGACUCAGCUGUAUUUUUAAAUGCAGGUAACAACUUAAUGGCAGGGCUGAGAAGAAACCAGAGCCUUCCAGUCAUGAUUGGUGCCCUGGGAGCUCCGGUUGGCACACAGUCAUCAAAAAUGGAUAUCCUAAAGGAAAACUGACUGGUUUGAAAAACAGCUGAUUCGUAGCAUGGUGAAUAACAAAUGAGGGCUAAAUACUUAGCA